UGCCACACUUCUCCGACAACCUCUGCAACAACGAUUCUCAGUUUCCAUACCCAAGAAAUGGCUUCCAUGCCUUUCUCUGCCUCCUUCACUGCUCAUUCACCCGGAUUUGCCCAAACCAAAGCAGCACAUCACCAUUCAUGGCCUUCUUCUCCUUAUCCUUCCAUGGCUUUCUUGAUGCCAUCCACCAAAUCCUCUUUUGGGGCCUCUAAUUCAGCCUUUUUGCGAACUGGGUUCUCGCUUUGCUCUUCAGAAAUUCCUAGGGUCUCCUUGAAAUCUCGAUUUUCAGGCGGCGUUUAUGCGAGAGCGGCUACGGAGAAGAGCCUGUAUGAUUACACUGUGAAGGAUAUUGAGAAGAAGGAUGUUCCUCUUAGCAAAUUUAAGGGCAAAGUCCUCUUGAUAGUCAAUGUGGCUUCAAAAUGUGGUUUGACAGCAUCAAACUAUUCAGAACUCUCGCACAUAUAUGAGAAGUACAAAACUCAAGGCUUUGAGAUUCUAGCUUUCCCUUGCAAUCAGUUUGGGGGGCAAGAGCCUGGAUCAAAUCCCGAGAUUAAGCAGUUUGCUUGCACAAGGUUCAAAGCUGAAUUCCCAAUUUUUGAUAAGGUUGAUGUUAAUGGGCCAACCACUGCUCCAGUUUACCAGUUUCUGAAGUCAAACGCUGGCGGAUUUUUGGGUGACCUGAUCAAGUGGAACUUUGAGAAGUUUUUGGUGGACAAAAAUGGUAAGGUUGUCGAGAGAUAUCAGCCAACAACAUCACCUUUCCAGAUUGAGAAGGACAUUCAGAAGCUUCUUGCAGCAUGAGUACAAGUUGUGCAGGCAUGUAUGGCAGCAUCGCUCUUGACAAAAGAAAACAACUGACAUGUAAAUUUCUGGCUUAGGCAUCACACCCGCGUAUAUGCGUUUUUGUUUCUGUGACAUAUGCAUGAAGUUACAUAAUUUGUUUCCCUUGUUUUCCAUUUCUUUCUUGUUUUGUUGAACAGAAAUGCGCAAAAUCCUCUUUCUGCAAUUAUAAGAGAUUGAUCAUUUGCUAUUCC